CAGAGCCGGAAAGCCGGUUGAAAAAAUUAAGUUUCAUUCAUUCACAUUUCCGGUUUUAAUUGCCAUCUUUUUUUUCUGGCUGUUGAUUUUCAGUUCAAGUUCAACUGACGCUAGCCUGAAUCUAUUAUUUUGCUGCUGAAGGUGUGAAAGUAAAAUCAACAUGCCGUACUACGCUGUAGCAAAGGGUCGUUCUUCGGGCGUUUAUACUUCUUGGUCAGACUGCGAAAACCAAGUCAAAGGAUUCUCCGGUGCUCAAUACAAGAAAUUCGAUUCAGUAAGCGACGCCCAGGCCUUCAUCUCUCAACGUGGCGGUGGAUCUCGGGGAGGGUCAUCAUUUUCGUCGGGUUCAUCUUACGUGCCCUCCGUGUAUGGAUCGUCUAGUAACAUGUCGCACUCCUCUAGAGGAAGAGGUUUUGAAACCGACAGAGAUGGUUUCACUCAAGUUUACACUGACGGCGCUUGUUUCUCUAACGGGAGAGAUGGUGCGAAGGCUGGUUGGGGAGUGUUCUGGGGCGACGGGCACGCGCUGAACGAGAGCGCGCCGGUGUCCGGCCGCGCUACCAACAACCGCGGCGAAAUCCAGGGUGCUACGCGCGCCAUCCAGCAGGCCAUCGACCAGGGACUGAACAAGCUGACCAUCAACACAGACUCCAAGUUCCUGAUUGAUUCUGCCACCAAAUGGAUGGACGGUUGGAAACAAAACGGAUGGAGGCUUCCAUCAGGGGAGCCGGUGAAAAAUGAAGCGGACUUCAGGGAAUUGGCCCGAGUUAAGGACAAAAUUCAAGUGAAGUGGAAUCAUGUAGAUGCUCAUAAAGGCAUACACGGUAAUGAACAGGCUGACCAGUUGGCCAAAGAAGGGGCUUCUAAGUACAAAUAAUUAUAAUUAAAUAUAAAGGUAUCAAAUUGUUAUCUGUUGAUAUUAUGAAACUUAAUGGUUGAUUUUCAUAGAUUUUUUUUGUUUGAACUAUAUUAGUUACUUUUAUUAGGUAAUUAAAUAGUUUAGCAGUUUAAUUUUUGUUUACAUGUUUCAAAAGAGUUUAUUGUCAAAAAAGUUUAUUAGCAUUUCAAAAUACGCUUUUUUAGUUUAAGGUUGAUUAUUUGGGUAAUUAAGUUAUUGAUAAAGAAUCUCUUUGUUUAAAGAAUUUUUGCCUUCAAGGGGCCGCUACUUUUUUUGUGAAAGAGGCUAGUCUGUUCGCUUAGACACUGUCGCCUUUAUGUCGCGCCGCCUUGGCACGUGCCAUCGUGUCAAAUGCACGUCGCGACUCCCGCGUUUCUCUCAGGAGAAUUUGGCUUUUACCUACAUAUUUUUCUCUUUGACUAACUUGUGUUUAUAAUUUAUAUUCGUAUUAUAGCUAUGAGAUAAAAUAGUAUUCUAUUUCGUAGAAUAGAAAAACAUAUUUUAUUUAAAGCUAAAAGCAAAAUAAUAACAGCGCCUGUGGGUGUGUACAAACACUAUCUUAGUGAACAGACUAUACUUAAAUGAAGUAUUAUUACUUUGUACCUGCUUUGAUACAGUAAUUUCUUAUUAUUCUUUUAGAAUAAUAAGUUAUUCUUUUAGAAUUUAAGUGAAGGUAGGCAUUCAGUUUUGGAGAACUUUGUUAAACAUUUGAUGGUUUCAUACCACAAAAAAUUUAAACAAGCGUAAAACGGUGUUUCAAUGUGAUGAUUUCUGUCAAAAAUUUAGUCAACAGGCUCUGUUAAACUUUUUUUUUGUGGUAAGACCAUUGAAUUAUUAUGAAGGCGGGGUACAUAUAUUAUUAUAUAUGUCCUUUUGUGACUUAUGUGAUUUUGUAUCAUUAAAUAAGUACCCUGGGUAUAUUAUUACCUACUCAACUACAUUCCAACAGGAAUUUUGCGGUUUGUUAUAAAGAUUAAAAUAUUUUGUAAAAAUAAA